GGAACUUGACUCUGAGGUUGGAUAAUAAUUACACUCUUUCAAAUAAUCGGGUUAGUGGCGACCAUCAUUAAGAGUGCCGGGUCCCACGGUUUUUGGCAUCAAAAGAGUUCCCCCAUUGUUGUGUCUAUAAAAGGAAAAAAAAUUUGCCUCUGUGGCGAGAAUCGUUGAAUUUUCGCACUGAUAGUCACGAUUGACCGAUUGUUCAGGCCAUCCCAUUGCAACAAAUCAUGGUACGAUUCAAGGUGCGAUGGGUACUAUUUGAAGUGGUAGAGGAUCCUGUCGUGGACAAUGGCAAAGUCGUCUUUCCGAAAACAUCGUUUGAAAUAUCCGAAAAUAUCAUCAACACCGCGAUCCGUCAAGCCAUAGCAAUCAACUAUGGUGAAUUUGGCAGUGCAGCAGCAUGGGGUGCCACAGUCAAGUGGUAUAAUCCUGCCACGCGUACCGGCAUCAUACGAGUGCCUCGCGAACUGACCGAUUUAUUAAUAAGCUCCAUGUUCUUCAUGAAGCAAAUAGAUUCCAUACCCUGCAGUUUCCGGAUCCUUCACGUCGCUGGAACCAUCAUUCGCAUACAAAAGGCAGCCAUUGAAAGAGACCGCGCAUUGUACCUUGAAGAACAAACCAGAGCCGAGAAGAGUGGCAAUUAUUUCAACGUCGUGGAGAACAUGGAAAAAUCCGAAGCCAUGAUUCAACGUAUUGCGGACGCCUAGGACAACAGACAUUUUUAACGCAUUGCAUCUCCAACUCAUACUUAUCUUUCACCAAAUAUAAACCCCAUUUUUUCGUCACGCAAAUGGAUUCAUGGGUCUUGCUUCCUUGAUAAAAGAUGAAUACUUCAACUGGCGAUGUUCCUCUGUGUGUUAAGCCUAGCAAUAUUGGUUAGAAGGGAUUAUCACUGCCGCUUCGCCGAGAAGGAUUCUUCUUGUUGGGAAACAGGAAAUCUGAUUUUGUUCUUUCAUUGCGCUACAAUGCCAGUGUAAAUAAACCCUCUCCUCUCGGAAGAGUAACUUUCCCAGGAGUCAAC